CAGGUUUUAGGAUCCCAUUAAAAAUCUUCGAAGUUGAGAGAGAAAACUGAAAACGGGAGAGAAGUUGUCUGCAAAUAAACAAAGCUUCAGUUUUCAAGGAUUCUGAGUAUGAAACCUAAGAAACAGCAUGUUAAUCCAAACUGGCUUCAGCUACAAGAAAAACUUAAAAGUCAGGUUCCUAGGGCACCAAAACCAUCUGUCGGUUCACAAAAUGAAUUCAAAAGAAGUGUUUUAGGGAAACGCAAAGAAAGAUAUGAUGAUGAUGAUGAUGAUGAUGAUGAUGAUGAAGAAGAAGAGAGUGAUGAUGAUUCUCCAGCAUCUAUUUUAAUUCCAACCAACUCAAAUUGCAGCUUAACGAAUGAAAUUGCUAUGGAUUGUGAAAUGGUUGGUGUCGGCUCUCAAGGAAACAAAAGUGCUCUAGGACGUGUUACCCUGGUGAAUACACGGGGGAAUGUAAUAUACGAUGAGUUUGUACGCCCAGUGGAGCGUGUUGUAGACUUUCGUACUGAAGUUAGUGGAAUCAGACCCCGUGAUAUGAGGAAAGCAAAGGACUUUCAGGAUGUUCAAAUGAAAGUGGUGGAGCUGAUCAAUGGACGGGUUCUUGUGGGCCAUGCCUUGCACAAUGAUCUUAAGGCAUUGCUGUUAAGUCAUCCAAAAAAGGAUAUCCGGGACACCUCAGAAUAUCAACCUUUUUUGAAGGAGGGCCGUAAGAGGGCACUUCGAGUUCUUGCAGAUGAAUUUCUCGGUGUAAAGAUCCAAGAUGGAGAGCACUGCCCUAUUGAAGAUGCCCGAGCUGCCAUGCUAUUAUAUCAGAGAAACAAAAGGGUAUGGGAAAAGAGUAUUAAAGAUCACUUCAAGUUCAAUGUAAAGCGGAAGAAAUUUAACCGGAAAAGGAAGCCAUGAUGUGGAGCAGUAGCAAAUGCUGAUGCCAAUUGAACUGUUUCUGCUCUGGAACUUUCCCAAGUGAGUCAUCAACCGUCCUGAUGGCACUAGAGCUGGCAGUGUCAUCUGUCAGUGAAUUUUCCUUGAAGACACAUUUACAUGAUCAGUGGAAGAAAAGGAUCAAUCAUGAUUGUGGUUAUCUUCUCCCAAAGUGUGCCAAACAUGAUAUUCCCUACGGUGAAAAUUUUGUAUUCAAUUUAAUGCUCGUUGUGCCGGGGGGGGGGGGGGGGUCACCAACUACACAUUGUAUCAUUAGGCAGCUCUGCACAUUGUAUCGUUAGGCAGCUCUGCAGUCAAUUGGAUUAUCAUUGAUGAAUUAAGUAUGUUGUGCACCGUUUUUGAAAGAAAGUCCAUAAAUACACGGCAAAAGUUAAUCGUUGAUUUCAGAUGAAAACAGGAUCACGGAAUUCGGAAGAAUUAUUACGGUAUUGUAUUGAUAUACCUACAUAAGAUCUUAGAAAGCAGAAUGCUAUA